UGCCGCGGCAGGGCUCGCACCGGAAGGAGCGGCGGCGGCGGCCCGGAAGUGAGCCAGGACGCCUGGGGCGCCGCGGGAGGAGAUGAAGCCGGCCGUGGACGAGAUGUUUCCUGAGGGCGCCGGGCCCUACGUGGACCUGGACGAGGCCGGGGGCAGCACCGGGCUCCUGAUGGACUUGGCAGCCAAUGAAAAGGCAGUCCAUGCAGACUUCUUUAACGAUUUUGAAGACCUCUUUGAUGACGAUGAUAUCCAGUGAGGUACCGUCCAGUGGUGCCUGUGUUCCGUCGUGGUGUGGAUCUCCUGGAAGGACAAUUCAGAUGGUUCUAAAGAACUUGCGGAGUCAACUUGAAACUAGGAGAUGGUUAAUCAGGAAAGGUGGUUUUGACCAUUGGUAUGAGGCCUAUUAAUCUGUGAAAGUGACUGGCUUUUGUCCUUGUUUCAAUUAAAAAGGGAUGUCACCUUU